AUGUUUUUCAAAUGCUUUAAGGAAUGCGAUUCAAGCACUCCGACCAGUUCGGCGGACCCAUAUUCUUUACCAGAAGAAUAUCAGAACAGUAACAGCGGGCAAAAAACUGUAUUAAAUCGACCAAAGGCUUCGUCAGUUACACCGGUACCAAAGGCUACGUCAGGACCGUUAAAUCGACCGAUAAUUGCAGCAAAACCAAAAACUUCUGCAAUCACUAAUCGAACACAGCUGAAGGGUCAACAUGAACCGGAUUAUGAUAAACCGAGUGCCGGUGAUGAAAAUGUGGUCAAAGUUGCUUGGCGUUUAGCAAAAUUAGCUGCUCCACUUGGCACUGGAAAUCAAACGGAUGCUCCAUUAUGGAGUCGGCGAAAUGCAAAAAAUCUUGAGCUGAAGAAUAAAGAAACAGAAACUGUUGGUAAUCUAACAAAAGUGAUAGAUGCUAUGUACACUAAUGAUAUCGGUUCCUCAUCGCCAUCAUCAUCGGGUAUUGUAGCUGAUGCCAGUGAUUCGGCUACCGAAUAUCCACAAACGUCAAGUAAUCUAUCUGAGCACGAUUCGCCGUAUGAUUAUCCGCGACCGCGAACUGAAGCAGCAACAAAAUUUGGUCAAAUGAUACCAAAACGUCUGUAUCAACAACAGUCAGACAAAGCUUCACCAAACACCGUUUCACAGCCACCGUCUUUAAUUGCUAAUCAUUAUGAGAAUGCUAACAGUAUCCAACGGCCAUAUCCAGCCGGUUCUGUACAAUCGCACCCUGUACAACAGGGUUCAACAUCAGUUUUACAGAAUGUAUUUGACGGUUUAGACAGCAGUCGUGAUACGUCUGUGGAUACCGAUGUUUCAUCGUAUAAUACCGGGACGUUGACUCAACCAAAAAGUGAACGAAACGCAGCAGUGGAUGAUGGUGGAAACAGUAGAAAACGUGCGGUUUGUGGAAAACUUUCUGAUAAUUUUCGAUUGCUGGAAAAAAAUAUUAAAAAUAUUGAAAAUUGUACAGCACCACAAGCCUGGCGACAACCACAUAUUCUAAAGAAAAAUCUUUCGACCAUUAAAGAUUCCACCGAAACAGUUGUUACGGCACUUGGCGAUUUUUUGGAUGCAGUCAGUCGUAUAGCCAUUGAUCCAUCAAAUUCAAAAAUUGAAGUUGUUUUUACAGAGCUUAAACAACUGCUAAAUCCACUUGGAAACUCAUAUUGGUUGCUGUCUCAAAUUAAGCAAAAUAUUGACCAUACCGGUUGGACAUUAGGUUCAUUGGCAAGACCAAAAAAUAAAACUGGUACAACUAUUGGAAACGAUGCUUUAGACCAAUUUGUUGCUGUUGUUAAACAGGUUCCUGCUGACUGUAAUAAAAUGCUACAAUGGGCAACGGCAUUGGUUCCUUCACCUUCUAUAAGAUUUUUGAUGUCUUCCUCGAACGAUCAGACUACUCCAAAUCCCGAUUCUGCUGGACUAUAUUCAAUGCAUAAUUCUGAUUUUUUUAAAAGGUCGUCGGACUUUGACAACAGUUCAAAUGAUUCCAAACGUUGCUCAGUUACUUCUACAUUGACAGCGUCAAGUUCAAGCGAUCUUCAAACACCUUCAGCAACAAGGCUUCGCUCCAAUUUUGGUGUUUUGUCCAACAAUCAAAACGGAUAUCCUGUUCCAGAAGUGAACAAUUCUUAUAAUUAUGGUCAACGAUUAGCGACACCUGCUACCCCGCAGUGUACCAUUAGCCAGUCUAACAGUAACGGUGAAAGUCGAGUUUUUGAAGAAGACGAUUUAGAAUCUGUUUUAAGCGACAGAGAAAGUCUUUCUCAGGACUAUGGACUAACUGGCGAAGACACUCAUGGAUCACUUCGGAAACGACCAAUUACAAAUGGCCCACCUUCUAUACAGCUUAGUUCUGAACUUACGAGCAAGCUGUCUGAUGAUGAUCGUCAGCUUCUCAGGUUUUAUGCUCCACAACUAGAGUCUCACAUUGUGUUCUUAUCAGGAGCUAUUGAAGAAUUUUUGAGUAUAGUUGAAGAGCAAUUACCGCCACGUGAAUUUGUUCAGAAGGGUAAACUGAUCAUUCUUACUGCGCAUAAACUGAUUUAUAUUGGUGACAACAUUGCACAGUGUGUAUCAGCACCGUUUUUGACUGCCGAAGCCCAGAAGGCAGCUGAUCGGCUUUGUUGUGUGCUGAAAAACUGUGUUCAGGCAACUAAGAAUGCCGCCGACAAGUAUCCGGACGUGUCUGCUGUGCAGACAAUGGUUGAUUCGGUUGUCACGGUAUCCCAUGCUGCCUAUGAUCUAAAACUUCUGGUAAAGCAGUGCUGUUGA